AUGACAGGUAGGGAAUAUGAUAGACUCCAAUUGAAGAAUAAAUGGGACCAGCUUAAGAAAGAUUGGAAAUUGUGGAGUGAUUUGAAGCGUGGCUCCACUGGAUUAGGAUGGGAUCCGGUGAAUAGAACAAUUGAGGCGUCAGAGGAAUGGUGGCAAGAAAGAUUGUUCCUGCGGCUAAGAAGUUCAGAUUGGCUGGGAUUGAACCAGAAUUGGAAGACUGAACCAGAAUUCGAGGGCAAGUUAAAAAUGAUGUUUGGUGGGGUGGUAGCUAAAGGGAAAUUUUCAGCUGCCCCUAGCCAAAUAGUUUUUGAAACAACCCCCGAGAAUGUGGCCGUGGAAUUGUCAAAUGAUUCUGCAGAAUUCCGCAGUGUUGAGCCACCUGAAAUUCAAUCCACCAACCAUGUGAAGCGCCCCCGGAACGAACGCUAG